AUGCAGCCCUAUUCAACCUUGCUUGCUCUGGUCACUCUCUAUGGCUCCCAAGUGAGAGGAGCCUCAGACAUGGGGCCAGCCGCUUUUCUCUGGCCCCCAGAUCGAGCAUGGGGCGCUGCUCAAGAUAACACCGCGCCCUGUGGUUCCUCCGCAGGAGUGACAAAUCGCACAGAGUUUCCACUGACCAACGGUGAGGUCUCUCUGGUACUCCAAGACGAGUCAUACAAUGUGAAUCUCGCCAUCUCCUACAAUAACGAUCCAACAUCGAAUCGCGAUUUCACUACGCUGGUCUCUUCGUCAAAUUUCCCCGACCUAGAUCCCGGCCACGAAUGCUAUGCCGUUCCCAAUCCAGCAUCGAACAUAACCUCCGGCUCGAACGCCACUCUUCAACUCUCGUAUCUUUCUACAUUUGACACGGAUAAGAAUAGCACUUUCUAUGCGUGUGCGGAUAUUACUUAUGUCCCGCUAGCCUCGUUCACCACCAAUGUGCUCUGCUUCAACGUGUCAGAGUCUACGACUUCAACCUCGACCUCAAGCUCGAGCACCAGCUCAGCGACAUCGGGCUUGUCUGGCUCCUCGGGGUCAUCCUCGUCUAGUGGAUUGUCCGGAGGUCAAAUCGCGGGUAUCGUUGUCGGUUGCGUUGUUGGUGCGGCACUGGCUGCUGUUGCGAUGUUUGUCUUAUGGACAAGAUAUCAGAGGAAGGUCCAAAGAGAUAAGGUGGUGGCUGUUCGCAUGGGGGACUGGGGUAACAAGUCGAAGGCUGGCGACUCGCAGCCUAGUGAGGCCUGA